CUCGCGCAAACUCUCUCAAGGCGUCGACGUCCAGGCUCUUCAUGCGCUGGAUAGACGCAGCGUGCCCCAAACAGAUCCCCGGGCUUGGAAAUCUUGGGCAAAACCGAUGGUAAGGCUAGCUUGCGAGAUUACUUGUACCGCUCCUCCUUUGAUAUCCCACUCAUAUCUUCUCACUGCUUUCCAAUACUGCAUCACGUCCCCAGUCACUUUCCUUUAUUAAACGCGCCUGCUGUCCCUCUGUGCAGUACUGCCAAGCUUCAUCGACAGUACACCCUCCCCAUCUGCUGCGACCUAGUCUGAGUGUCUCUGCGAGUCACUACAUUAAUUGGCACACCCAGUGUAUCCCUCCAGACUAUCCACUGUACCUCUAUCUUCCACUCAAAUUCUCCCUCCACCACCAAGAUGUCUCCCAAUCCCCAUGGCGCAGAAGCAGAGAUGGAUAUGGGCGGAAUGGACAUGGGUACAUCGAGCUCCGCUAGCAGCAGCUCAAUGUCAAUGUCCAUGAUGUCCAUGACAUUCUUUUCCAGCACCACAACACCUCUGUACUCGACAAUGUGGAUGCCAAACAGCCCCGGCGCCUAUGCUGGAACAUGCAUCUUCCUAGUGAUCCUGGCAACCGUCUUCCGUUCGUUGUUGGCAGUCAGAGCAUGGAAGGAAAGGGCAUGGCUAGAUGCAGAGUUCAACAGACGAUAUGUUACCGUUGCUGGGAAGCUCCCGAAAUCCGAGAGGAUAUCGCAAGAUUCAGAUAGCAAGCGUAUGGUCUUGUCGGAGAAUGGUGUCGAGGAGGAUGUAAUGGUUGUGGGGAAGCGAGGCAUGGCUGUGCGUCCGUGGAGGAUUACCACCGACCCUGUACGCGCCGUAAUGGAUACUGUGAUUGUUGGAGUUGGCUAUCUUCUCAUGUUGGCGAUCAUGACCAUGAAUGUUGGAUACUUCGCGUCAGUUCUCGGAGGGACGUUCCUGGGUAGUCUCGCACUGGGAAGAUACGUCACGAACGAGCACUAGGGGCCGCAGAAAUAAUGAUCAUGAAGAAUGAACAGGGCGUUUGGUUACUGAAGCGGGUACUACUGGUUGGGAAAACCGUCUUUACAGACUGGUGGCUUACAUAUCGAAUUUAAUGAUAAGCCCAUCUUGACCCACAUGGUAGCCAAUGGGACUACCAUGGUAGGCCCUUUGGGGUCAAGUGAAGCACGAUAUCCCUACAUGAUCUACGUCUAGUGCGGAUUCAAACUGGCUAUCUUCAUCCGAAGUCUUCAAAGAAACAGGAGCUCAUGCCUCCUCAUUCACAUUCUUUCCAACAUGUAUCUAGGCUCUCAUGAGUAAGGUUCUAUGAAGCGCUCACGA